CUUGGAUGGGAAGGUUUUGUAACGAGUCACGUAGCUCUGCAGCAUUGAAGCAGCGGUCUUUCCUGUGAGCAUCCUGUGCUUACAUCUCAUUCUGCAACGUUCAAGCCAAACCGACUCAAGCCAAACCGACUCAAGCACCUAAACUCGCAUCUCAGGUUGUGUGAAGACCAGUGAAGAUGACGCACCAGUACCCAGCCCUCACUCCCGAUCAGAAGAAGGAGCUCCAGGACAUUGCGGAACGCAUCGUCGCUCCCGGAAAGGGCAUCCUGGCCGCCGAUGAGUCUGUUGGCAGCAUGGCGAAGCGCCUGAACCAGAUCGGCGUGGAGAACACGGAGGAGAACCGCCGGCUGUACCGCCAGCUCCUCUUCAGCGCGGACGAGCGCAUCGACAGCUGCAUCGGCGGGGUCAUCUUCUUCCACGAGACCAUGUACCAGAGCGCAGAUGAUGGCACCUCUUUCGUCAAGAUGAUCAGGGACCGGGGCAUGGUCGUGGGAAUCAAGGUGGACAAAGGUGUCGUCCCAUUGGCUGGAACAGAUGGAGAGACCACUACCCAGGGGCUGGACGGUCUGUCCGAGCGCUGUGCCCAGUACAAGAAGGACGGCGCCGACUUCGCUAAGUGGCGCUGCGUGCUGAAGAUCAGCGAGAACACGCCCUCCGAGCUGGCCAUCAUGGAGAACGCCAACGUCCUCGCCCGCUAUGCCAGCAUCUGCCAGCAGAACGGAAUCGUGCCCAUCGUGGAGCCAGAGAUCCUGCCUGACGGAGAUCACGACCUGAAGCGCUGCCAGUACGUCACAGAGAAGGUCCUAGCUGCUGUGUACAAGGCCCUGUCUGACCACCACAUCUACCUUGAGGGCACCCUUCUGAAGCCCAACAUGGUGACCCCUGGCCAUGCCUGCCCCAACAAGUUUGGCUCUGAGGAGAUUGCCAUGGCAACGGUUACUGCCCUGCGUCGCACAGUGCCCCCUGCUGUCACAGGAGUGACCUUCCUGUCCGGAGGCCAGAGCGAGGAGGAGGCGUCCGUUAACCUGAACGCCAUCAACACCUGCCCACUGGGCAAGCCCUGGGCCCUGACCUUCUCCUACGGCCGGGCCCUGCAGGCCUCCGCCCUCAACGCCUGGCGCGGGCAGAAGGAGAACGAGAGCGCUGCCACCGAGGAGUUCAUCAAGCGCGCCGAGGUGAACGGUUUAGCAGCACUGGGCAAGUACGUGUCCAGUGGCAGCUGUGGAGCGGCUGGACAGUCUCUCUACGUGGCCAAUCACGCCUACUGAGCCCCCAGUGUUACCCACAAUCCCACCUUCUGCCGACCAGUAGUCUCAUCCACUGGUGCAACCUUCCAUAUCACCAACCAGUCACAGGCCUGCGCUGUCUUCUGUACUUUAGGAUUAUUAUGAUGUACUUAAAUAUAUGUAUUUAAAUAAUAAAUAUAUUACGCUAUAACAAGAUGUUGGUGAUGGCAUCCAGAACAGAGGAAAGAUUGUAUAGGAAACAAAUUUAUGAAUUACAGACUUUUUUUUUCUUCUUGAAAAUAAUUUUAGCUAUUGAAAGACAGUUUUCUCUUAGUUUUAUUUUAAUCUCUUAGCGGUGAUCCUCAGGAAUGGUAUUAUUGCCCAGAGUGUGUAGCUUAUAUGGAGUAUUAUGGGUAAUGAGAUCUUGAUCAGAUAUGAAGCAGAUGUAUAUCCAGUCAAUGUCCAUUUUAUCUAAUGUCUUUACAUUGGCAAACCCAUGACACUGUAUUUGACGGCUGUUUGAGAUUACUUUAUUGCAAGUACAGUAAAUUCACAAGCAGAAUUUAUAGCCUAUACGUGAGGAGGCAGACGCAUAUAACAGUACAGUACGCAGGUGUCUGUAAUCGGACAGCCUUGUUAAACAUUCGGGAACGGUUGACCAUCCAUCGAAAGGAUUGAGCACUAACAACCAUAAGGUAGUGUUUUUUGUCUCACCCAUCUUAUGAUCUAUUUUGAGAAUGUAUGUCUAAAGGAUAUAAUUAUAUUAAAUUAACAUUAAUUUAAAGAAACAAAAAAAAACAACAAAGUAAAGUUGAAAUAACUGUCGUGUGAAGGUGCAGAUUUGUGUGAAGCCUAUGUAUCCUCCCACCCCCGCUCCUGCUGCUGUAGCUCGGAAGUACAGAGAUGGUGAACUGGGUUCCCUGAAGUCGGCAGACCUCUACCGGAAGGCUGGGUUUACAGCAGAGCGGUCACUGUAAUGUUGUGAUGUUAGUGUUGUUCUCUAUGCACCAGAUGUACCAAAUAGUGAAACAAAAAUAAAGAAAUGUAGAAAAUA